AUGCCAGCCAGUACACCUGGCUCCGAUAAAUCAAGGCAAACAUCAGCCGGAAAGUCGUUUUUCGGGAGGAAACUGUACAAAGAGCGGCCGGGUGACGACCGCUACGAUGGAUACGCCGGAUCACACGACAGCCUGGCGCCGCCCGCGGCCAGUAAUGCGGCGGGCUCUCGCUCAUCUCGCUACUCCAAACGAUCGUCGAUUCAGUCUGUCGACCUGAACCAUGAUAUGGACACCGGCAGCUUUGCGCCGACGCCGGGUGUCAUUACCUCCAUCCCCUUUGAAAGCCUUCCCUCCGAUACCAAGACCCCGAUAGCCAUCGACAGCAUGUCCCGUCCAGAUUCAUCGUCGCGCCAUGAUCCAGCAUCGAACCAUGCUGGCAACCAUCAAUACCAGACGUGGGCCGCUUCGUCCGCGCCAAAUGGGUACAGCUCCCCCCCCUCUGGCCCGCGUCCGCCCCCACACUCUUCCAACAUGACCAUGAGCAGCAGCACAUCGGGUGACCGCGGGGCGCGAUAUCAACAGUGGGGAAGACCGGGGAGUUCAGCAGCGAAUGCCGGUUCAAUUGACUCUUCCUCGAAUUCUCGCACGUCUCUCGACCAGGCCAGCGUCUACUCUUCCCAUUCAUCUAACACGCGGGGCUCGAAUUAUUGGUCUUCUGACGGCUCUGCUCGCACUAUCACGACUUCGCAUUCGGGGGAUCGCAACACUAUCUUCCAGAGUGGAAGCGCCGGCCGCUUGUCCAAUGCGCCGGCCCCGUCGAAUUAUCCGCCCCCGCCAGACCAUUUCCUAACUCGACCGAGAGAUGACCGCGUGGUUGAUCAACUGUUUUUGGACUUGAUGCAGAAACGAGGCUGGCAGAAUCUUCCCGAACAAGCCAAGAGACAGAUGCUGGCCUACCCGGCCUCCAAGAAAUGGACUCUGGUCCACCAGGACCGGUUGACGGAGCUGCAAGGAGAGCAGAAGAGACGUCAGACUGCGCGGCAGACUCAGUACCAGGAAGGGAUGUCCGGGUUGUUGGAACGUGCCGACGAAGAAGGCAGCCCUGAGUGGUAUGUCAAGAAGGUCAUGGACGAUACCAUUACAUCGAAGCAGCUCGCCAGUUUGAGUGUCAGCUUACGGACACAGCCGAUUAGCUGGGUGAAAGCUUUUGUGGAAGCGCAGGGGCAGAUUGCUUUGACAAAUGUUCUUCAGAAAAUCAACCGAAGAAAAGCUUCCGGCCCCGUUCCUGCUGCCCCGACUGGUGAUCGAGAUCUGGACCGAGAGUAUGAUAUUGCGAAAUGUUUGAAAGGCCUGAUGAACAACAAGUAUGGCGCGGAUGAUGCUCUGGAGCACCAAGGUGUUCUCGUGGCUCUCGUUACCUCGCUGGGAUCGCCUCGUUUGAAUACCAGGAAAAUGGUCAGCGAAGUGUUGACCUUCCUCUGUCACUGGGGCGAGGGACAAGGACACCUGAAAGUCCUUCAGGCCAUGGACAAGGUCAAGCACGACCACAACGAAACUGGCCGUUUCGACGCAUGGAUGCGCAUUGUCGAGGUGACAAUCGAUGGCCGCGGCAAGAUGGGGAGCCUUGUUGGCGCCAGUGAAGAGUACCGCAGCGGAGGUAUUGGCAUGGAGAAUCUGCUGAUGGAGUACGCGGUCUCGACUAUGAUCCUCAUCAACAUGCUAGUUGAUGGUGCGGAGACCGACCUGCAAUUACGGUGCCACAUUCGCGCCCAGUUCAUCUCGUGUGGCGUCAAGCGUCUCUUGACGAAGAUGGAGGGGUUCCAGUACGAGGUCAUUGACAAGCAGAUCGAACGGUUUCGGGAGAAUGAGGCGAUCGACUACGAAGACCUUCUCCAGCGGGAGGGCAGCAGCGCGAAGGACAGUGUCGAAGGCGAGGUGAAGGAUAUGAGCGAUCCGCUCCAAAUCACCGACGCUAUUGCCACCAAGAUUCAAGGUAGUCGUGCACAUGACUACUUCCUGUCUUCCAUGCAGCACAUGCUUCUCAUCCGCGAGAAUGCAGGCGAGGAAGGUCUUCGCAUGUUCCAGCUAGUGGACGCCAUGCUGAGCUACGUUGCUAUGGACAGACGGCUUCCCGAUAUGGACCUUCGGCAAGGCUUAAAUUUUACGGUUCAAAGCCUCUUGGACCGGCUUCACACCGACGCAGAGGCUAGACAAGUGUACGAUGAGUCUCUCGAGGCCCGUCAGAUUGCCGAGGCUGCUCUUGCUGAGCGUGAUGAAAUGAAAGCACAGGUAGAGCUUGGUGCCGAUGGUCUGGUCAAGAAGCUUCAGAAACAGAUCGACGAACAGGCUGGCAUCAUUGAGCUCCAAGGGCGACAGAACGAGUCGCUCAAAGCCGAGGUCGCGGAGGUGCAAAGGCUGCGUGCCCAGGAGCUGCAGCGCAACGAACUGGAGACCCGAGAGUUGUAUCUCAUGCUGCGCGACGCCCAGGAUAUCGCUGCGUCUAAUGCCAAGAAGGCUGCCAGCGGCACCGCGGACAAACUCGCAGAAGAGGAUCCAUCCAAGAUGCCUGGCGUCAUGGACCGAGAGCGGCUUAUGGAACGUCUGGAGCGGCAGCUUGAACGAACCAAGACUCAAUUCAAACUUGAGGGCAAAGUCUGGGGCCAGCAUGGACCAUCUGAUCGGUUGCGCGAGCUGCGUGAGAAGAUGGACGGAGACGACGAUUCCAGCGAGGACUUCGAGGAGCAGACCCGUCGCAGGUUGGAUCCCGGCGCUUUUGGUUCUGUUUAUCGGAAGAGAAGCCAUGUGCCGGAGAUGGCUCACACGCCUGAGAGCGGCAACUCGAUGACACCCGUGGAUGAGAGUGACGAGGUUGUGUACGAAAAACCUCGCGUGGUGGAGCUGUCACGCCCGCAGCGCAUGAACACUGCCCAGGCGACUGGUCUGCUGGGCGAGCUUGCUUCCAAGUUGCCUAAAUAUGCCGCCGAUGAUGCCGAAGGCGAUACCUUUAUGGCUGAACCUCCUUCUACCCUUUCGGCAGAAGAGGCCGCUCUUGCUGCAGACGAACCGAUUUCAUCCCCAGAGAAGGAGAAGGCCGCCCGGGCCGCCAUGCCCCCUCCGCCGCCACCGCCCCCUCCCCCAGGUGCGGCCAAGGGAAUGCCCGCUAUGCCACCACCACCUCCUCCGCCUCCCGGAGCAGCGAAGGGUGUAUCUGCACCACCACCGCCACCUCCUCCUCCUGGAGCAGCGAAGGGACUAGCCCCACCUCCUGGAGCUGCAAAGGGACUCGCUCCCCCUCCGCCUCCUCCGCCCCCAUCUUCAGCAACUGGCAUGGUUCCGCCGCCUCCGCCUCCCCCAAGCGCUCCUUUGGGAGCGGGCUGGAGACCAGCCUAUUUGGAUGGCAACUCUAUUGCACCAUCAACGACCGCUAUGCCCUCUAUUCGUCCUAAGAAGAAACUCAAGGCUUUGCAUUGGGACAAGGUCGAUACUCCUCAGGUGACGGUCUGGGCGACGCAUGCACCGACACAGGAGGAGAAGGAAGAGAAAUAUACCGACCUGGCCAAGAAGGGCGUCUUGGACGAGGUUGAGCGUCUGUUCAUGGCGAAGGAAACCAAGAUCUUCGGGAAUAGUGCAGCGGCGAAGCAGCGCAAGGACAAGAAGCAAAUCAUCUCCAACGACCUCUCGAAGAAUUUCCAGAUCGCCCUGGCCAAGUUCUCUCAAUAUCCUGCGGAAGAUGUGGUGCGGAUGAUUAUUCACUGUGACCGUGAGAUUCUGGAUAACAUGGUUGUCAUGGAUUUCUUGCAGAGAGACGAGCUUUGCACGAUCCCCGAGAAUGUGGUUAAGUUGAUGGCGGCAUAUAGUAUGGACUGGACCGGUCCUGGUGCGGCUAGUUCCGAGCGCGAACAAGAUCCCGCCGAAUUGACUCGCGAGGAUCAAAUCUACCUCUACACUGCCUACGAGUUGAAUCAUUACUGGAAGGCCAGAAUGAGGGCUUUGGCAUUGACUCGCUCCUUCGAACCCGAGUACGAGCACCUCUCUGAGAAGUUGCAGUAUAUCGUGAAGGUCAGCGAGUCGCUGCGGGAUUCAGUUUCAUUGAUGAACGUUCUUGGCCUGAUUUUGGAUAUUGGAAACUUCAUGAACGACGCAAACAAACAGGCCCAGGGCUUCAAGUUGAGCUCGCUCGCUCGUCUUGGUAUGGUCAAGGAUGACAAGAAUGAAACGACCUUCGCCGAUCUCGUCGAACGGAUCGUUCGCAACCAGUACCCCGAAUGGGAAGGGUUCGUCGAUGAGAUCGCCGGUGUGGUUAGCCUGCAAAAGGUCAGCGUCGAUCUGCUGCGCCAGGACGCUACCAAGUAUAUCAACAACAUCAAGAACGUGCAGUCUAGCUUGGAUGCGGGCAACUUGAGUGACCCCAAGAAGUUCCAUCCCCAGGACCGAGUCAGCAAUGUGGUUCAGCGAUCCAUGAAGGACGCUCGACGCAAGGCCGAGCAAUUACAGCUGUACCUGGAUGAGAUGAUCAAGUCGUAUGACGAUAUCAUGGUCUUCUAUGGCGAAGAUAACACGGACGAGAACUCUCGCCGCGACUUCUUUGCGAAGCUGGCUUCGUUCCUCAUGGAGUGGAAGAAAUCACGAGAGAAGAAUACUGCUCUGGAGGAAUCCAGGAAGCGCACCGAAGCGUCUCUGGCGCGCAAGCGGGUCAACGUUACCCUCGCGAACAGCGUUACCACUCCCUCGGAAUCGCCCACCUCCGCUGCCUCCAGUGGUGCCAUGGACUCCCUCUUGGAGAAGUUGCGUGCUGCGGCUCCUCAGGCCAAGGACCAGCGAGAUCGUCGUCGUCGUGCUCGACUGAAGGAGCGGCACCAGGUCCGCGUUGCCUCUGGCCAGCAGGCUCCCAAUGGUAAUGAGGGAGAGGGCAACGAGGGGGAGGAUGCCAACGGCGAGACCAGCCUUGCCGAGAAUGGUCUUCUGAGUCCCCCGAUCCUCGAAGAGGGUGACGACGGCAGCAAGGAAGUCUCCGAGGGCGAGGACGUUGCUGACCGUGCUGCCAGUAUGCUCAUGGGGUUGAGAAGCAACUCCGAUACGAGCGGCGAGCGCCAGAGAAGACGCAGAGAAAGUGCCGAUGAGGAGCGCCGAAAUCGCCGCGCGAGAAGACGCAAUGGCGCAACAAGCGGGAGCAAAGAUAGUGCCGAUGGCUUGGGGCUCCCGUCUGUGCCAGAGCCCGAGUCUCCCAGUGCGGACGACCAGCCGCUACCUUCUCCACCGCAUGAGGACGAGUCAGCAUCACAACAGCCGCCCUCGAUCGUCGUGUCCGAGCAGCAUGAUAAAACUGAAGGUUCCACUGCGACCCAGCCGAUUGAAUUGUCGGAUUGA